CCUGUCUGAUUGGAGAUUCCUAUGUCAACUACGUGACGUGUGAGGGCACAUUACAAAGUUCGCUACCAAAUUUGGCACACACUUUACCAAUAAGAACACAUUCUUCAUUCCUUUAGAAGCACUUUACCAUGGCAUCGCGGCUCGCCAAACAUGUGGCUGCCGUCCAGCAGAAGGAUAGGCUUUUCGGGGGCGCUGCACGGAGCUUCUACUUCGAGAUUUGCCGAUGCUUGCCAUUCAUUCAGCGACUGCAUAAGAUGGAGGAGAUGGUGUCGGUGAGGGAGCUGCGAGCUAUCGUGAAGGACAGGUUCAAGGAGUACAAGGACGUGAAGGAUGGAAGGGUCGUGGACUUGCUCAUCUUUAAGGGGCGCGAGGAAAUCGAGACCUAUCUCCUGAUGCACAAGCAGCGGCACCAUGUGUUGACGGAGGUCGUGGAGCCGUACUACAACAAGCAGCGCGCCGUGAAGAAGGUUUCGACGAACAGCCCUUUCUUGGACAGCUUCCUCACAUCUGCCUAUCCGCAGCUGCAACAACGCCUGUGAAUGCGAAGCUGGCCUGCAAGGCUUUGUCUGCACGAGACAGCUCAUGUGCGUCGUUGCUGCUGCAUUUUGAAAUUUCGAAAAUCUGUAUGGCUUUGCAACCUGAGAAACUUUGUGUAUAGUUAAUCCUGCUGCUGCAUCUUAACCACUGUUGUGGCUCGUGUGUGUUGGAUAAGUGGUGCAUUUCGGGAUGGCAGACACGUGGAGGGGGUUUUACAUGCUUCGUUACGAAGUCGCCUGUCAAAUACACAUCAAGGACCUGCUCUACUGUCCUAGCCGCUGGUUAUCUCACCAGCAAGCCAAACCCUACCUACGGCGCGGCACUAGUUAGAGGCCCGCGUACCUCAAGUACUGACUGGGUAAUAAGUGAUCCUGCCCGGCUCCUAAGGGGCCCGUGGCGCCGUAUGUAACAGUGUGGCUAUUUCCUAAUCCUGACAUGGCCGUUGCCCCGAUCCCGAGUCCCGUGAUAUCAUUAAGCCCCGGAAAAGCCAGACCUUGCACAUUAGACCCUGUAAGCCCAUGCAAUGGGGCAUAUGCCGACUUGAAGGGAUAAUGGUACAUUCCCUUGCGGAGCUCGGCCGCAUCAAAGCCUUGUGGCAUGGUUGCCAGACCUUUGGCUGUGCUCUCUUGUGGACCUUGGACCGGUGGCUGAACUGUGCUGCGUGCGGAUGGCACCGGCCAAGCAAUGUUCGGGGCCGCAGUGGAAGCUGAGGCGCAGAAAUCCGAACCGGUCGCAGUGGCCUGCACGCUCUUGCUCCCCGAUGUGGUUGGCGUCAUGAACGACAUUGCGACUGAGCUGGACAUCUGCUCAGGCCGGUACAGCAAAGUGUUAUGUUCAUUCGGAGCCGCAGUCGGCUUGAUGCCGUAAGCAGGGUUCAUUGGCACUCCGGAGACAUGGUGAAUUGGGUGCCAUUGGUUCGUUGCUGCAUACGGAAAGUUGCCGAGCACAUCCACCGCAGGCUGCCAUGCAUUCUCCGCUGCAUGCACGUUUGCUGCUCCUUUUGCCCCCAACGCCAUCCCGGGAACUGCAGCUGCC